GCAAGAAAUCCAACUGUCGAGACCGUUUCUGCGGCGUUCCCAAUUUUCAUUUUUCGGCCUGCUGAGUCAAAGCCGCUGAGGACGAGACAGGGCAGCGUAUCCCCAACGUACGUGCCAUGGCCUUGGCGGAAUGCGCACGCUUGCGAUCUCUUGCGAUACUCGUAACGACAUCCUCCUCAGUUUAUCAGCUUUGACCUGUAGCCAUGUUGCCCGCGGAUGGCGGUGGUAGUGACAGGAGUUCUGGACUUUCAAUGCAAGGUCCUUCGUUAGCGAGUAUUCCCCUUGAGAUCCUCAGAUCGGAGCUGGAACGGCGGGGAUAUGUUGGCAUUAGCGGCAGAGCGAAUAACAGUACUGCAAAUGGAAACACACCAGGCGGUUCAACUUGCGGCAGUGGUGUUAAGACCAGCUCAUAUAACACCCCGCUGCACGUCGCGGCGUUGAUCAUCAUAUUGGUCUUCAGUACUUUAGCAUGCUCAUUCCCGAUUAUUGCUCACCGCUUCCCGCGCCUCCCCAUCCCGCGGCAUUUCCUCUUUUUAUCCAGACACUUUGGCACAGGCGUGUUGAUUGCUACAGCCUUCGUUCACCUCCUCCCCACAGCCUUCAUCUCCCUCACCAACCCAUGUUUACCAAGAUUCUGGAACAAAGGAUACCCAGCAAUGGCUGGUCUAGUUGCAAUGAUUGCUGUCAUGAUCGUUGUGGCCAUCGAGAUGUUCUUCGCUUUGAGAGGCGCGAAACAUGUACACGGGAGUGAAUAUGACACCCUAAUUGAAGGGACAGGAUCACACCACCAUGAGACUGCCUCCAUGCCACUGGCAAAUGGCGAUAGUCACGGGGGUAUACGUUUAGGGAAAUCCCGCGUCACGCAUCAUUCGCACAAAGAUUCUCCCUCCCACACACUCCCUCCAUCGCCGCAGGGUUUUGCUCCGGAGGAAGAGAGCAACGCACCAAUGCUCCCCAAAACUCCGGGCGGCGAACCACAAGCUGGAGACGACGAGGACCUUGACCUUGAAGAACUAGAUCCAUUUCCAGACACAUCAUCCAGCUACGACGAGUCCCGCACCCACCUCAACCCCGGCCACAACCACCUAUCACGAUCUCGAGCCAUGAGCACUCACGCAGCGCAAAAGCAACUCCUGCAAUGCCUGCUCCUUGAGGCUGGCAUCCUCUUCCACAGCAUCUUUAUCGGCAUGGCCCUCAGCGUGACCACAGGCACCUCCUUUCUCGUCUUCCUCGUCGCCAUCACCUUCCACCAAACCUUCGAAGGCUUCGCACUGGGCGGGCGCAUCGCGUCUCUAAUUCCUUCCUUGUUCCCUGCAUCUUCCCCCAAACCAUGGCUUAUGGCGUUAGCCUACGGUGCCACCACGCCCAUCGGACAGGCAAUCGGCCUGGGUCUACAUAACCUGUACGAUCCAGCCAGCACUGCUGGGCUGCUGAUGGUAGGGAUGACGAAUGCGUUCAGUAGUGGGUUGCUGCUGUUUGCGGGGCUGGUGGAGUUGUUGGCAGAGGACCUUUUGAGUGAUAGGAGUUAUGAGACUUUAAAGGGAAGAAGUCGGAUUGAGGCGUGCUUUGCGGCUGCUGGUGGGGCGCUGCUCAUGGCUCUUGUUGGGGCCUUUGCUUGAAGGGAGGCACAAAAAUAAUCCUCCCCCCCCCUCCAGGGCCCCUCUUUCCCGCAAGCCCUCAGGGUUCAUGUUUUUGCUUUUACGUUUAAUUUUACUUUUUUUUUUGUAUACAAUUGAUUCAUUAUUUUUUGAAUAAUGUUCCCGCGUGUGUUUCUGAAAUGACAUUCGGGGUUUUGGUUUGUGCCUCGCCACAACGAUGGCUUGUAUAUACUCACAUCUGCAAGAUUUCAUUUCGACCCUU